AUGGCGCGUCUGGCCGGCUCUCCGGCGUCCCUGCUGCGGCCCCCUCCGUGCGCGCUGGCGGCGGCGGCGGCGCUGGCCGUGCUGUGCGCCCUCUACUACGCGCGCUCGCCCGCCCCGCCCCGCCCCGCGCCGCGCCCCGCCCCGCCCCCGCCGCCGCCCGCCUCCGCCGCCAACCCGGCCGCCGCCGAGUCCGUCGGGGAGAGCAAGGCCAAGGCGGGCGAGGAGCUGCUGGCGGCGGCGGCGGGGGCGGCGGGGGCGGCGGGCGAGGCCGAGCUGCACGUGCUGCUGCUGCUGGCCAAGGCGGAGCGCAACGCGGCGCUGCGAUCCAAGGCCGAGGCGGCGCUGCGCUCGCUGGCGCGCUUCGCCAAGCUGGGCCCUCGCCAGACCCUCGUGCUGCACCUGCUCAGCGACGCGCCCAGCCGUCCCGUCGGGAAGGCCGUCCUCCGCGACGCGCUGCGCAGCGCGCAGUUCCAGCACAAGGUGCGCUCCGCCAGCAUCCCCAAGACGGGCGCCCCUCCGGCCACCACCUUGCGCGGGCAGCCCUUUCCCCCACGCGCAUCCCUCCCCCUGACGGCUGCUUCUCCCGCUUCCCGCAGGUGGUCUUCCACGACGUGGACGUGGUGGCCGAGAAGCUGCUUCCCCUGGUCGAGGCCAUGCAGAAGCUCUUCAGCGCCGGCGCCGGAACCUACUAUGGCGACUCCCUCUUCUUCCUCUCGCUGGCCAUGCACCGGGUCCUGCCCAAAGGUCAGCAGGCAGAUGGGCAGCACACACCCCCUUCCACCUGCCCCCUCUCUGCGCCUCCCUGGCAUCCUUGGCUCUCCUGCUUUAAGAAGCGCUUGAGCAUGCCUGGCGCUUGGGUCCAGGGGGUGAGCUCGGCCAGGGUGGCAGCGCCAGGUGAGAUCGCCAAAGUCAGACCCAGUAGACGAGGUGUCCCAGGGCCUGGCCCAGCCACUGGGGCAGAAGGGGCUGUGCCCACAGCCACCGCCUGAGGAUGGGGAGGGGGUGGCAGCAGGGGGCCUCUCUCUUGUCACCUAACAAGGAAAGUGUUCCAUGCUGCCUCCCCCUACCAUUGGCAGCAAAAAACCCUGUCCCAGAAUGCACCACAAAGACUCCCUUUCAUCUCAGUGCAGCAGGGAGAGGGGAGAAGGUGCAGUAUACAGUUACUGAGCCCCCAUGACCCACCCCCUGCCCCCUACCUGACUGCCAUGUAUGGUCUUUGUUCCUUGCCGCUUCCUCUGGGUGGGGGCUGAAUGAAGCCUCCCUUGGGGGGUGGAAGCUGUGCCGGGGAGGACCAAGGGAGCAGGGAAGGUGCUUCAGAGGCUUCUCUGGUUCCUGACUCCCCUCUUUGCCCCCCCCACAGAGAUUUCGCGGAUCAUCCAGGUGGACCUUGAUGUGGAGUACAGAACCAACAUCCGGGAACUCUUUGAAGAGUUUGACAACUUCCCAGAAGGGGCCGUGAUUGGCAUCGUCCACGAGAUGCAGCCCGUCUAUCGGUAGGUGCCAGCAGUGGGUGUUCCGGGGGGGGGGUACUUGGGAUCCUAGCAGAAGCUGCACAUGGGCACAAGGGGGUGCUCAGAGGUGGCUUCCCAGAAUCCCCCCCCUACGCUCAGGACAAAAGAUUUGAGAAGGGAAGUUGGCCAGAAAAUCUGUGGGGAAAGUGAGCUCUUGGGGUGGAGAUUGGGGGCCCACAGCGUGAAACUCAACAGGAGUCCCCAUCACACUUUUUUUUUGGGGGGGCGGUUGUCAAUUUCAUUUGCUGCUUACAAACACCUGGUAGGACAAGGGACACAUGGAGCAAGGGGGGCAGGCCUUGGGGCGGCACUGCUGCUGUCACAUGGAGCCUGGGGAGGAAGGGGGCCAGCUGCGCCCCCCAUCUCCUCUGCUGGCUGGGGAGUGGGGCUGCUCUCCAGAUGUUUCCUUCCUUUGCUCUUGCCAGCUGUUUGUACGCAGCUCUUGCCAGCAGGGGCCUGGGAUGGGGCUGGCCGUGCUCAUUCCCCCCGACUUUCCUUCCUGACUUUGUUUGGAAGAGACAGGAGGACUCUUGCCGCCUCGGCUGUCCCUGCAAAGGAGAACUAGACACAUUCAGGGCUGUCCGUGACUCCGGCCCCACGGCUUGAGCUCUGCCCUUCACGGUCAGAGGCACAAUGCUUCUGAAUCCCAGUUGCAGAAACGGCAGGAGGGCAGAGCUGCUCUUGGGUGCGGAUCCUGAUUGCGAGUUUUCUAAUAGAAGCAGAACAGGAUGCUGGCCGGGCCGGGCCCCUGGCCUAAUCCUGCAGGGCUCUGACUUGCCUUUCCUCUUGUGCAGGCACCUCUUCUGGCAGUACCGCCAGGAGCACCCGGGGACCAAGGUGGGGGAGCCCCCGCCGGACGGCCUCCCCGGCUUCAACAGCGGGGUCCUCCUGCUGAACCUGGAGGCCAUGCGCCACUCGGAGCUCUACAACCGCCUGCUGGAGCCGGGUGCCGCCCAGCGCCUGGCGGACCAGUUCCACUUCCGGGGCCACCUGGGCGACCAGGACUUCUUCACGCUGGUGGGCAUGGCUCACCCGGAGCUCUUCCACGUCCUUGACUGCACUUGGAACCGGCAGCUCUGCUCCUGGUGGCGUGAGCACGGCUACCGCGACGUCUUUGACCACUACUUCCGCUGCGACGGCCACGUCCGGAUCUACCACGGCAACUGCAACACGCCCAUCCCCCAGGAGUAGCCCCGGCUGGCCAGGGGGAGUUUGGGGGCGGCACCUGUGCUGUGGUCACGGCAGGGCUCUCGCCGCGUCUCUUCGGGGGUUCCAUCAAGUGGAGGCUGCUCCCUUUCCCUUGCACACAACUGGGGUCUACCUGGGAGGAAUCCUCAUGGGCCUUGCAGGAAGGAUGCAGAGCUGAGUGCCUUCUGCCCCCAGCCAGCCAUUGUUGCUUUGGGACCCAGACGCUGCAGGGAGAGGGAGGCGAGCCCAAGGCCUCUCUGGAGCUGAGACCUCCUGCUGGACAUUUCCCUGGCAGCUCCCUGGGGGACUGUGAACGUUUCCCCCUUGACUGCAGAGCGCGGCCAUCCACGUUCCGAUCUUGGCUGCAGCACACGUGCCCAGCAAGGCAGCAGGAUCGUGGCCCCCGGAGCAAGAACAGCUUCUUGCGGACCAAGCCUGGAUUCUGCAGAGAUCCACUGGCCCCCAGUGCCCCUAGAGCCCUCUGCCAUCCUUUUGGGCUGUGGGGAAAAGGCCCUGCUGCCCUUUGGGCCGAGGGGAGACUGUGGGGCUGGGAGGCCUUGUCCAGGGGGUGAUGGUGUGGUUCUUCUUCUGCUGUCGGGCAGUGGGGCAGGGGGUGAGACCCAGAGGGAGAAGGAGAGGGUGCCAGGAGUCUCUUGUCCCUUCUGCAGGAGCAGAAUAAAAUGCAUUCCAACA